GAGAGCGAGAGAGUCGCAUGCUCACAGGCUGCUCUCUUCUCUCGCUUCGUUGUAUCGUCUUGAUGCUCAUUGGCGAAAGGGGCUACUAGGGCUUCGAAUAGGGCUGUUAGGGUUUUGGCUUCCCUUUCUUCCUUCUGCUGCUUCUCGACGCGUCCAUCUCUGUUUCCUCUCAGCAUCGCUUAGUCGUUCAAGAAGAAGGCGGGGAGAUCUCCUCGCUCGCUUCUCGAGCGACUAGCGGUGGUGGAAGGUUGUAUUAGCAGAGAGGGACGAGGAACAGGCGUGCAUUGACAACUGCCUAUCAAUGGACGCUCUUGGUGGUGGUGGUGGUGGCGGCGACUCGUCGUCCGUAGUGGUGCCAUCCAGCACUCUUCCGGAACAAAUGGAGUUCGAGCAGUCCAUCGCCGGCGGGCCGAACCCGGAGACAGAAGCUAGGUCGUCUUACUGGCUCGACGCCUGCGACGACAUCUCCGAUUUCAUCGACAUGCUGCCGGACUUCGAGCCCGGGAAGAUCCCUGGUGAUGGCGACUAUGGGCCUGUGGAGAAUUCGUUCUUCGGGGGGAUCGACUCAUUUUUGGAGAGUAUGCAUGGUGGCAAGUUGGUUCGGGCGGGUGUGGAGGCCGAGAUGACAGCGGAGGGGAAGGUGGCUGGAUCUUCUGCAGCGAAUGAUUCUGCUGGACUGUUCGUUGAGGAGCUUGCUGAGGUACGACAGGUAGACGCGGUGCCCUCGCCACCGCGGGCUGCUGGGAGCCGGGUUCGGGAGGAGGAGAACGGAGAAAGGUAUUGGCCUUGCAGCAGGACGGAUGGGCGUUCGCGGGAGGGCAACUAUCGGAGGCGAGACAGGGAGUACGAGGAGAAUGGUGGGAAAAAGAGGCGGUUGAGUGAUAGCGGCAGCGAUAGACGUGCUUGUUUAGGUGGACGUUAUGGUGGUUCGAGAGAAAGGGAGCGGUCAUGCAGGAGGAGGGAGCGUGACUGGGAAAACUGGGAAUGGAAAGAUAGGGAUAGAGAUCGGAGCAAGAGGGGAAGGGAUGGUGGCGACCGAAGGGAAAGGGAGAGGAGAGGAGGAGGGUACUGGGAGAGGGAUCGGUCGGGGAAGGUAGUGUAUCGCCAAGGCGAUUGGCAGGUGGAUUGUGAGCGGGAGUCCUCCAAAGCACACGAAAAGCAGGAUUCUCCAGACAAUGGGAAGAGCUCGGUGGAGAAGAAACCCGACGUAAAGAAGGAGAAACCAGCAGAAGAACGGGCACGGCAGUACCAGCUGGAAGUUCUCGAGCAGGCAAAAACUAAGAAUACCAUUGCAUUUCUUGAGACAGGGGCAGGGAAGACGUUGAUCGCUGUUUUGCUGAUUAAGAGCAAGUACAUCGAAAUGUUUAAGGAGAACAGAAAAAUGCUGGCCAUUUUUUUGGUACCAAAGGUUCCACUUGUUUAUCAGCAAGCGGAAGUUAUUCGUGAAGGCACGGGCUAUAAUGUUGGUCAUUACUGUGGUGAAAUGGGCCAAGAUUUUUGGGAUGCACGAAGGUGGCAACGUGAGUUUGAGUCAAAACAGGUACUGGUAAUGACAGCUCAAAUUCUGCUGAACAUUCUCAGGCACAGUAUAGUAAGGAUGGAAGCCAUCCAUCUCCUCAUAUUGGAUGAAUGCCAUCAUGCGGUGAAGAAACAUCCAUAUUCACUGGUCAUGUCAGAAUUUUAUCAUACAACACCCAAGGAGAAGAGGCCUGCUGUUUUUGGAAUGACAGCCUCCCCUGUCAACCUGAAGGGAGUUUCCAGUCAGGAAGAUUGUGCAAUAAAGAUUCGCAACCUUGAAAGCAAACUGGAUUCAAUUGUAUGUACCAUAAAAGAUAGAAAAGAAUUGGAAAAGCACGUCCCAAUGCCCUUGGAAGUAGUUGUGAAAUAUGACAAGGCAGCUGUUUUGUGGUCUCUACAUGAGAAAAUAAAACAGAUGGAAGUUGCUGUGGAGAAGGCUGCCCUUGCAAGCUCAAAAAGGAGCAAAUGGCAGUUUAUGGGAGCAAGAGAUGCUGGAUCAAAGGAAGAACUGCGGCUUGUUUAUGGUGUCUCUGAAAGAACAGAGAGUGAUGGGGCUGCUAAUCUAAUUCAAAAGUUAAGGGCAAUCAAUUAUUCCCUUGGUGAACUUGGGCAAUGGUGUGCGUAUAAGGUGGCACAAUCAUUUUUAACAGCCUUACAAAGUGAUGAGCGGGCUAAUUAUCAACUUGAUUUCAAAUUUCAAGAAUCAUAUCUAAAGGAUGUUGUAGCGCUGUUGCAAUGCCAGUUGUCUGAAGGAGCGGUACCAGACAGGGACCAAAAUAACAUUAACACAAGUAGGGAGAGUGUGCAGGAGAAUGGCAAUAAUGAAAUUGAGGAGGGUGAACUGCCAGACAGUUAUGCUGUUUCUGGUGGGGAGCAUGUUGAUGUGAUAAUUGGUGCAGCAGUAGCUGAUGGACAGGUAACUCCUAAAGUUCAGUCAUUGAUUAAAAUACUUCUGAAAUACCAACACACAGAAGACUUCCGUGCUAUCAUAUUUGUGGAGAGAGUUGUAGCUGCCUUGGUUCUUCCGAAGGUGUUUGCUGAACUUCCAUCAUUAAACUUCAUCAAAUGUGCAAGUUUGAUUGGGCAUAACAAUAAUCAGGAAAUGCGCACGUGCCAAAUGCAGGAGACAAUUGCAAAAUUUCGGGAUGGUCGUGUUACUUUAUUGGUGGCUACUAGUGUAGCAGAGGAAGGCCUGGACAUUCGGCAGUGUAAUGUUGUUAUUCGUUUCGACCUUGCUAAAACAGUUUUAGCAUAUAUACAAUCUAGGGGUCGGGCAAGAAAACCUGGAUCUGAUUACAUAUUGAUGCUGGAGAGGGGCAAUCUGUCACAUGAAACAUUCUUGAGAAAUGCACGGAAUAGUGAGGAAACUUUGCGAAAGGAAGCAAUUGAAAGAACUGACCUUAGUCACCUUAAGGGUAAUUCAAGGUUCAUUUCAGUUGAUACAGCACCUGGAUCAAUCUACCAGGUUGAGUCAACAGGUGCUGUUGUCAGUCUGAACUCAGCAGUUGGGCUUAUCCAUUUUUACUGCUCUCAGCUGCCAAGCGAUAGGUACUCGAUUCUUCGUCCUGAGUUUAUCAUGGAACGCCAUGAGAAACCUGGAGGUUCUACUGAAUACUCGUGCAAGCUUCAACUUCCUUGCAAUGCUCCAUUUGAAAAGCUCGAUGGUCCUCUAUGUUGUUCGAUGCGCCUUGCCCAACAGGCAGUUUGUUUGGCGGCUUGCAAGAAGCUCCAUGAGAUGGGAGCAUUCACUGAUAUGCUUUUACCAGACAAGGGGAGCAGUGAGGAGGCAGAGAAGGUUGAUCUGAAUGAAGAAGAGGAUCCACUUCCUGGAACUGCCAGGCACAGGGAGUUCUAUCCUGAGGGUGUGGCAGAGAUUCUACGGGGAGACUGGAUUCUGAUUGGAAGGGAUGGUUGUAAUGAUUCGAACUUGGUUAAAUUGUAUAGGUAUGCAAUAAACUGUGUGAAUACUGGGGCCUCAAAAGACUCGUUUGUGACACAAGUAUCAGAUUUUGCUGUACUGUUUGGUUCUGAGCUUGAUGCAGAGGUCUUCUCAAUGACGAUGGAUCUCUUCAUUGCUCGAACCAUGGUGUCAAACGUUUCUCUUGUCUUCCAGGGUCCCAUAGAGAUAACAGAACGAGAGCUGGUUUCACUGAAGAGCUUCCAUGUAAGGUUGAUGAGUAUUGUGCUGGAUAUAGAUGUUGAACCCUCAACAACUCCUUGGGAUCCUUCAAAAGCAUAUUUAUUUGUACCAGUUGUUCAACAGCAUCUUCAUCUGAUGGAAGAACUUGACUGGGAUCUUGUUUAUAAGAUAAUUGACACAGAUGCCUGGAAAAAUCCCCUUCAGAGGGCUCGCCCAGAUGUUUAUUUGGGUACAAAUGAAAGAACUCUGGGCGGGGACCGAAGAGAAUAUGGAUUUGGGAAAUUACGGUAUGGUAUGGCAUUUGGGCAGAAAUCACAUCCUACUUAUGGGAUUAGAGGUGCAAUUGCACAAUUUGAUGUUGUAAAAGCUUCUAAAUUGGUUCCCACUCGCGAUAUCUUUGAAAGCGAGUUGAAUGGAGUUCCACCACAUGGGAAAUUGGUCAUGGCAGAUUCUAUCAUUGAUGCAAGUGAUUUAGUGGGAAGAAUUGUGACUGCUGCACACUCUGGCAAGAGGUUUUACAUUGAUUCUGUGCGUUUUGACAUGAACGCAGAAAAUUCAUUCCCCAGGAAGGAGGGCUACUUGGGCCCACUGGAGUACAGUUCCUAUGCUGAAUACUAUAAGCAGAAGUACGGGGUGCAAUUAUUGUGCAAGAAGCAACCUCUCAUAAGAGGACGAGGUGUAUCAUACUGCAAGAAUCUUCUCUCUCCGAGAUUCGAGUCAUCAGAAGCUGCGGCUGGAGAGGCUGAAGACAUGCUAGAUAAGACAUACUAUGUGAUGCUACCUCCUGAACUCUGUUUGGUUCACCCUCUGCCAGGAUCUCUUGUUCGAGGUGCCCAACGAUUACCUUCAAUAAUGAGGAGAAUAGAGAGCAUGCUACUUGCGAUCCAAUUAAAGGGUUUGAUUGGAUAUCCCAUUCCUGCUUCUAAGAUCCUGGAGGCACUUACUGCAGCUUCAUGUCAAGAGACUUUCUGCUAUGAAAGGGCUGAGCUCUUAGGAGAUGCUUAUCUUAAAUGGGUAGUCAGUAAAUUUCUUUUUCUCAAGUACCCUCAGAAACAUGAAGGGCAGCUAACUAGAAUGAGGCAACAGAUGGUGAGCAAUAUGGUACUGUAUCAGUAUGCAUUGGGCAAAGGGCUGCAAUCAUACAUUCAAGCAGACCGCUUUGCCCCAUCUAGAUGGGCUGCACCUGGGGUACUGCCUGUUUUUGAUGAAGAUACCAGAGAAGUAUCGUCAUCCUUGUUUGGCCCAGAAUGCUCUGAUGCAGAAAAGGAACCAUCAGAGAGUUCAUAUAGUGAUGGUUUUGAGGAUGAUGCAAUGGAAGAUGGUGAAAUAGAGAGUGAUUCAAGCUGUUACAGAGUACUAUCUAGCAAGACAUUAGCUGACGUAGUGGAAGCAUUGAUUGGUGUUUACUAUGUUGAAGGGGGAAAGAAGGCAGCUAACCACUUCAUGAGUUGGAUUGGUAUCCCUGUGGACUUCAGUCCACAGGAAAUACCUCCCCACUGUACAGUUCCUGACAGUAUCAUGAGGAGUGUGGACUUUGAUGCAUUGGAAAAUGCACUCAGCAUAAAGUUCGAAAACAAAGGAUUGUUGGUGGAAGCGAUUACUCAUGCUUCACGUCCUUCAUCUGGCGUCUCUUGUUACCAGCGUCUGGAAUUUGUUGGGGAUGCUGUUUUAGAUCAUCUGAUAACACGUCAUCUUUUUUUUGCGUAUACGGAUCUUCCACCGGGUCGUUUAACUGAUCUACGAGCUGCAGCUGUAAACAAUGAGAACUUUGCUAGGGUUGCUGUGAAGCAUAAGCUACAUGUACAUCUUCGUCAUGGAUCAAGUGCACUGGAAACACAGAUCCGUGAAUUUGUGAAGGAUGUCCAAGAUGAGCUUAGUAAACCAGGGUUUAAUUCCUUUGGUAUUGGAGAUUGCAAAGCACCAAAAGUACUUGGUGAUAUUGUGGAAUCUAUUGCUGGUGCAAUUUUCCUGGAUAAUAACCUUAAUACUACUAUUGUUUGGAAGGUAUUUCAACCAUUAUUAAAUCCAAUGGUGACACCAGAAACACUUCCCAUGCAUCCAGUUCGCGAACUUCAAGAACGCUGUCAGCAGCAGGCAGAGGGUCUGGAGUACAAGGCUAUACGAACUGGUAAUAUAGCUACCGUUCAGGUCUUCAUAGAUGGGAUUCAAAUUGGCGUUGCUCAGAAUCCGCAAAAGAAAAUGGCACAGAAGUUGGCAGCAAGAAAUGCACUUGUUGUUCUGAAAGAGAAGGAGGCGGAGUCCAAGGAAAAGUAUGCAGAAGAUGGGAAGAAGAAAAAUGGUGUCCAGACGUUCACCAGACAAACUCUCAACGAUAUCUGUCUAAGGAGACAGUGGCCUAUGCCUCAAUAUAGGUGCGUCAAUGAAGGUGGCCCAGCCCAUGCAAAGCGGUUUACUUAUUCUGUGCGUGUGAAUACAACAGAUCGAGGUUGGACUGAUGACUGUGUUGGGGAGCCAAUGCCCAGUGUGAAGAAGGCAAAGGACUCCGCUGCAGUGAUUUUGUUAGAACUUCUAAACAGAUGGUAUGGUACAUGAUGGGUUAUUCCUGAUUAUUUUAGGUGAUUAAUGGAAUUGAAAUUAGGAGGCAGUAGGUCUGGAGUUUUUUCUUGCCUGCCCAUGAUCUGCCUUAUCAUAAUUUAAUUCACAGUUACAGGACGAGUGUUUUUUUUCUUGUACAAGAGAAAAAUAACGUUGUAUACCAUUUAUUUUGAAAUUUAUAUUCAAUAAAUGUCAUUAUCUUUUUUUUUUGGCA